AUCAUGGCAGCAUAGGCAGCAAAUCUAUAUAAAGACCAUGGUCCGGCGUGACUUGAAGUUUUUUCUCAAUACUCUCGUCGGAACGUUGAUACGCCGUUUUUGAGUUCGGAAUUUUCCUGUGGUGUGGCUAACGAGCGUUAAAAAAUGAGUGAAUACAAGUACAUGUGCGGCUUUGGUUCCCAUUUUUCUUCGGAAGAUCCCCGAUGUCCCAACGCCCUGCCCGAAGGACAAAAUACACCACAAAAAUGCCCCUAUGGCCUCUAUGCUGAACAAUUGUCCGGCACGGCAUUUACAGCACCGCGCAAAGAAAAUGCACGCACUUGGCUGUAUCGCAUAAAUCCCAGUGCCAAACAUCUACCGUUUCAAUCGUACGAGAAGGAAGGUGGUAAAUAUUUGUCCCACAACUGGGAUGAACAGAAACCCAAUCCUAAUCAGAUGCGCUGGAAGCCAUUCGAUAUGCCUGCAGCCGGUGAAAAAGUGAAUUUUGUUCAAGGCCUCCACACAGUGUGUGGUGCUGGUGAUGCCCGCAGUCGCCAUGGUCUGGCCGUGCACGUUUACAUGUGCAAUGUUUCCAUGGAAAAUAUGGCAUUCUAUAAUAGUGAUGGCGACUUUUUGAUUGUUCCCCAGGAAGGUGUUUUGGAUAUUACCACGGAAUUUGGUAAAAUGAAAGUGGCGCCCAAUGAAAUUUGUGUCAUUCCACAGGGUAUUCGUUUUGCAGUCAAUGUAGCGGGGCCAACAAGAGGUUACAUUUUGGAAGUCUAUGACAAUCAUUUCCACUUGCCCGAUUUGGGACCAAUUGGUGCAAAUGGCUUGGCCAAUCCCAGAGAUUUCCAAACACCAGUUGCAUGGUUUGAGGAUCGUGAAGUUAAAGAUUUCUCCGUUGUAUCCAAAUUCCAGGGUCAUCUGUUUGUUGCCAAACAAAAUCAUUCCUGCUUUGAUGUUGUAGCCUGGCACGGCAACUAUGUACCCUACAAAUAUGAUCUGUCCAAAUUUAAUGUCAUCAAUUCGGUUAGCUUUGAUCAUUGUGAUCCUAGCAUAUUUACCGUUCUGACAUGUCCCAGUUCCAGAUAUGGUACAGCUAUUGCUGAUUUUGUUAUAUUCCCUCCCAGAUGGUCUGUGCAGGAGCAUACGUUUAGACCACCAUAUUAUCAUCGUAACUGCAUGAGCGAAUUCAUGGGCUUGAUUUUGGGUCGUUAUGAAGCCAAAGAAGAAGGAUUUAUGCCCGGUGGCGCUACCUUACAUUCCAUGAUGACACCCCAUGGCCCAGAUGCCAAAUGCUUUGAGGGUGCCUCAAAUGCUAAACUGGCGCCCGAACGUGUGGCCGAAGGAACUCAAGCCUUCAUGUUCGAGUCGUCGCUGAGCAUGGCUGUGACAAAGUGGGGCGAGGAGACAUGUCAAAAAUUGGAUGCCAAAUAUUAUGAAUGCUGGCAGGCAUUGAAAAACAAUUUUAAAUUGGAAUAAAUUAUUAGGUCGCGGUGCGCUGCAAUGUAUAAAUAAAUAAAUAAAUAAAUGUUUCUUUCUUUGUGCGUGUGUGUGUGCAGAUUAUGUAAAUUGUUAAAUAAAACCCCCACAAGAACAAUGA